AUGGCUGACUCCAAGGACCCCGAACUAAACAUCGAGCAAACCACUCUCCUCGAGAGGGCUCACGCCGCCAAUGCUGCGGACCACGCACUCACCUGGUGGCAAGCCAUCCGAAAGUAUCGCAAAGCUGUGUUUUGGGCAUGUGUCUUUUCCUUCACGCUGACCAUGCAGGCGGCGGAUGCGACAUGCACCACCACCUUUUACGGCCAGGACCAAUUCAAACAGCAAUUUGGCACGCACGACAACGGGGUUCUGGAGAUAUCCGCGAAGUGGCAAACCGCCAUCCAGCAAGCCAUGGCGUGCGGAGAGCUCAUCGGUCUCUCCCUGGCGGGGUUUCUCGCCGACCGAUACGGGUGGAAGCCCAUUCUCAGCGGGAUGAUGCUCAUGCUAGCCGGCACCCUAUUUCUGUUUGCCUUUGCGAAAAACCUCGGAAUGAUGGUUGCCGCCAUGGUAAUGUGCGGAAUUCCAUGGGGUGCCUUCCAGACCGGCUGUAUCGCCUAUUCCUCUGAAAUGGUGCCCACGUGUCUGCGUCCCUUUGUCACCGCAUGGGUGGGCAUCUGCUGGGGAUUGGGAUUUUUUUAUCGGCUCGCUGAUUCCUGGCGCAUCCCUUUCCUCAUUCAAUUUGUGUGGGUCCCCCCACUGCUCAUCUGUUUCCUCCUCGCCCCAGAAUCUCCCUACUUCCUCGUCCGCACCGGCCGCCUCGACGACGCGCGCGCCAUCCUCCGCCGUAUCCGCAGCGACAACACCACCCCCGAAGAAAUUGAGCAGACGAUCGCUUUGAUCGACUAUACGAACCGCAUGGAGGUGGAACUCAACGCCUCCAGCAGCUACGCCGAGUGCUUCCGGGGCAAGAACCGCUGGCGCACGGAGAUCGUGUGCAUCGUGCAGAUGGCGCAGAUCUGGGGCGGGAACGGGAUCAACGUGCAGACGGUGCAGUUCCUCGAGCAGGCCGGUCUGUCCGAGCACGGCGCCUUUGACCUGAACCUCAUUCUCAACUCCCAGUAUCUGACCUUCGGGCUGUUCUGUAUCUGGCUCAUGACGCGGUUCGGCCGGGCCACGAUCUUCAUUGCCGGGUUGAUCAUCAGCGAUGUGUUUCUGUUCGCGAUCGGCGUGCUGGGGUGCGUCAAGCAGAGUACCCAAGUGUCCAAUGCGGUGGGCUCGUUGUUGCUGGUUUCGAGUGUGGUCUACAUUGCUACGGUGGCGCCGUCGUCGUACACCAUUGUGGGUGAAGUCCCAUCUGGUAAGCUCCGGGCUAAGAUGAUCUCGCUCGCUCGGGUGGCUUUCAAUGUGAGCUCGUUGGUCUCCAAUGUGCUCAUCCCGAAGAUGUUGACCGGUGGUUUGUGGAACCUGGGUGCCAAGACCGCAUUCCUGUUUGCUGGUACCAACGCCCUCAUCUGGAUCUGGUGCAUCUUCCGACUACCAGAGACGAAAGGCCGCACCUUUCGUGAGAUCGAUUACCUGUUCGAGAGCUCGGGUCUGCACCCGCGCAAAUGGCGUAACGCAAAGAUUGAUGUUUUCGAAGAUGACGCGGUCAAUCAGCAUCACGCAGGAGGUGAAAACGGGGCUGUAAAGAGUCAGGCUGUUGAACAUGUUGAAUACAGUAAUUAG